GCUUUUCUCUACUGCUAAGCAAAGCAAUAGGUAGAGAGAGAAACACAAAGGAGAGGAGAGAGAAAACUCGUCUCUCUGAGCUGUGUGUUGAACAAGCCGAGUGAUCGUCUAAAUCACCUUCUUUUGCGGCUUUUGAUUUUUAGUCAGUUAUACUCUCUUAACGUUUUAUUUGCAUUUUUCGGUUUCUCUGAUUCUAUAUAGUACUAAUCUGCUUAAUCUCUCACUCUUUGUGUAGAAAAUUUUGAUCGGUUUAUUUAUUUUAGGAAUAGUCAAUCAACUAACGGAUUUUCAAGUGUAGAGACUAAUUACUUCGAUUUUGGGAGAUUACUUUUUAUUUUUGGAAGCGUUUCGAUUAACAGAAAGAAACCCUAGUUUUGAUGGCUACAGCGGCUCCAACUCCGGCUCAUCAUUCUCACCGGAAUACUACCCCAGACACCGGCGCCGGCGCCGGCGCCGGUGGUCUCAACAGCCCACAGUCUCGCCGAUCAUCAGCUGCUGCACGUGGCGUUUCCUCGACUUGGACGCAGAUUGUUCGCAGUGGCGAUUCAGAAUCCACCGUUGUGGCGGGUUCCUCUUUACCUCCUCCACCUUCACUUUCUCCUCCGGUAUCUUCUGAGCAAAUCGUUCACUCUGAUUAUUCGUUUUCUGAUGACGUGGCUACAGAAGCUCAGCUUGAGAGCUCCGACAAUAGCAACAACAAUGUGUCUAAAAAGCAGGCUUGGAGUAAACCGUCAAAUGGUGCAGCUGAGGUCAGUCCAGUUAUGGGUGCUGUCUCUUGGCCUGCUCUCUCUGAGUCCACUAAGGCUUCACCUAAAUCGCCGUCUUCUGAUUCACUCAAAGCUCUCUCCGACGGAUCAGUUUCCGUAUCACAGGGCACGGAAAUGGCAUCAUCUUCUCAUAGGCAAGCUAAUUCUAACAAUGCAAACCCUAAUUUAAUGUCGAACCAUGUUGGUCCCACCCGCCAAAGGUCUAUGAAGCGAGGAGGUGGUUAUUCAAACCAUAAUGCAUCAGCCAAUGGAGGUUUUCCUCAGCAACAGGCGCAGGGUUCUGAGGUGGAAAUAGUAACUAAUAAUUCUGGGAAGUCAGGAAAUUUUGGUGCCGAGUUUUCUUCAAGGGAUACUAGUCAUAGGGAUGGUGGACAGUCGGGAGGAUUUGGAUCUCAAUCACAUGGUGGAAAUGAGAACCAACAUCAACGAACCUCAAACAGGAGAGGCAAUGUUGAUCCACAUCCCCGUGGAGAUGGCGCAUAUAAUCAUGGUUAUGGGGGUAGGCGUGAUCAGGAACGUGGAAAUCAGGAUUGGAAACCUCACAGAGGUUGGGGGAAUAGGGAUGCACCCAUGCAGCCACAUAGAGUUCCAGCGAGGCCAUUUAUGGGAGGCCCACCUCAUACUUCUCCACCUUUUAUACCUCCACACAUGCCUGUGCAGCCCUAUCGAGCUCCUAUUGUUUACCCUGAAGUUGCACCUGUAUAUUAUUUUCCAGGUCCGCUGCCUGAUUCAUUUAGAAUGCCUAUGCUUUCUCCUGUGCCACCUUUCUUCUUUCAUGUUCCAGAUCCCCAGAUGCAAACCAAAAUAGUGAACCAGAUAGAUUAUUAUUUCAGUGAUGAAAAUUUAAUUAAGGAUACAUUCUUGCGACGGAACAUGGAUGAACAUGGAUGGGUUCCCGUUAUGCUAAUAGCAGGCUUCAAGAAAGUGAGUUGGUUUGAAUUAAAUGCCAUUUCUCAUAAGGGGAGUUCUGUUAGUACAUAUUUGUUUACUUGAUCCUUAGUGCUUGGCUGAUAUUUUCUGGUGUACGAGUAGCUCAUUCUUUUGAAAAUGCAUCUCCAUAUCUUAAUUCAUUUUGUUGUUGGCAACUGUUAACAAUGUUUCUGAGCCUGGUUGAUGACCUUAGCUCCUUUUUAGGGUAGGAAGCGCCAAUGAUAUCUUUUCCUCAAACAAGAGGCCUCUCUGUUUCUAUCUCUCUUAUCAGUGUUGCUUUCUUCCCCUCUUAAGAGUAUUAUGGGGAAGAAAAAGAAAGUGAACUAAAACUAAUGUGAACUUCUAACUUCUUCCUUAGGGAGGAAAUAUUCCUGCAUAGUUUUGACCCUUUUGACUGGAUAAUAGAAUGAUAUUUGGAGAAAGAAGCAGUAUCUCUGGAUGUAUAGGCUUGCUGAUUGCAACUAUGAUUCGUUUUGUAGUGAGCAUGUCUUAAGUGUAUGUGAAGUUUUAUACGCGUGCUGUUGUUGGUUGUUGAUUUUAAAUGCUGUAUUUUUUGCACAUAGCUGUUCUAAUUUUGGUCAUUUGAAGGCUGGCUAAUAUAGUGAUAUGUGGUUGGACUGAAUCUCUGGCAUUGCAAUCGAUUUCAUCAGUAAUUAUUAAUUUGUUGUUGCGGUAAAUGUGUCAAGCUACAUCAGCGUCCUUAUAUAAUGAACUCUUGAGCGCAUGAAAGUGGUUAACAGAUUUGUGUUUUGAAAUUGAGUGAUUCUAGCAAGAGGUCAGUGACCACCAUAUUGUGUUUUCAUGUGCACUCUUGGUUAAUAUAUUAUCAUGUAAGUGCGUGCUGAUGUAAUAAUUUCAUUAAACCAUUGGUUCUGCUUUUACUGUCAUUUGUUCCACGACGUAAUUUUUCUCCACUAGGUUAGAUGUCUAUCUCCUUAUUUAUUCUUAUUGCUUGUAGGGCAAGCCAAUUAGGAUAGGCGCAGUACUUGAUCACAGUCAUGAUAAGUAGAGUUAUUCAGGGUACUAUGCAUGUCAGCAUAUGCAUAAUUUGAAUACUUAGCUUUACAGGUUAUUCUGUUAUUUGUGGAGUCUAUAGUUGUUAAUGGUUGGUUGAUUCUGAAGUUCUUAUUCCCUUUACAGAUAGUUUUUAUCUGCAGAUCCCACAUCCUUAUGAUUGAUAGUAGAUAUUAGGAUGUGUCUUUAAACAAGUAGCUGUGCUGAGUAGCAGGUAGACAGAAUGUGUUUUGAGUGCAAAAGGGAUCCUAAGUACUCAAGACCAAUCAGAUGAACAAGGUUAUGUAAAAAAGUCACGAGCAUAGCACUCUUUGGAGUGUGGACUGUGGAAGUUAUAGCUAUGUGGGUGAAUCUCUCAAAUGUGACUCUUUAGGUUAAUUCAAGGGUUUAUUGCUUUCAGAAAGGGGCGAAGAAGGCAGGAAUACUUAUAGUGAUACAAGAGAGGUGAUUUCUGUGUGUAAGUAGCAUCAAGUUCUUUGUGUUUAAAAUGGAAGAACAAAAAUGUUUUAACCUGAAUAAUGCAAGACUAGGGCUGGCAAGUGGGC